AUGCCUCCCAAAGAGACACCACAAGCCAAAAACAAGGGCGGUCGUCCUAAAGCGGCGUGGACACCUCGUCGAGAUCAGAAAGCGGUUCACCUAUACACUUUGACAAAACUUACCAUGUUGGCAAUAUCUGUUGAAAUGAAGGAGGAAGGUUUUGCUCCCAGCGAAAGUGCAACACAAAAACGGUUGAAGGACUUGCUGCCGAAGAAUCAAGUCCAAGAUAUCAAUGUUUUUAGACCUCGUGAUGAGGAGAAUAUGAAACUACGCUUCGAAACGCUCAAAGCCUGUCAUGGACAGGUCAAUACCCGACGUAUGAGAGAGAAAAACGAUCGCCAUCGACGGCGGUUGAAACGUAGAACUCGAAGAGCGAAGAGGAUUGCUCAGUUCGAUGGGCCACAGCAGGCUUUCAAGGCAGGUUGCUCUGAUAGCCUCAUUCAAUGGGGUUUGCCAUGUGACUCGUUGAUAUCGAACAGCGAUCCGUUGCCGUCGAAAUCGGUGCCUCUCACCCCAGCACAUUCGCCUCUUGAGUUCAUUGACCCGAAAUUGGUUGAAUCUACAGUAUCCCAACUUGGGCACUAUGACAAACAGCUGCAAGAGGAGGACAAAGCAGAUGAUACGUCUCCACAACCUGCGGCUCUUACUGACGACUUCAACUGGUCGCCUUAUGUAUCCGUGAAUGGUGUGGCUACAGCGAUGAAAGAGGGGGACCCGCUCCUGGCUGUCGCAGAAUUGACGGCUCCUUUCAUAAUAUCACCCUAUACCGAUACAUCGCCCCUUCUGUGCGAGGAAAUCGAUGAGUAUCUGGGUGAAUUGCCUGGAACCUCCGUAACAGCACGGGAAACGCAAGUAACUGAAGAAGAUCAAUUGUCACUUCCAUUAUUUUUUUCUUGGGAAGAAGAGGAGGAGGUACAGCGUAAAUCCGAUCAUGCACAGGUGGUACUUGACAAACUCAGCAAGCAAAUUUCUGAUGUCACGCUUCAACCUAAAAGAUUUGUGCUUCUUAAGUACGACACCAUUUUCAAAGCAGAGCACACAAAAUUAGUCUCACGCUUCUCUGGUGCUAGUUCCACUAAAUCAAGCUUGAUGUCGUGGGCUAGCCAUUUGACUUCGCACCGGUCAUAUGGCUCCAGCAUACAUUCCGUUCGGACAGGCAGCUCAGGAUCCAAGGUUAAAGCACAAAGAGGCUUUUCGGCAAUAGCAGUUGCGUCUCAGGACCCGCUAUCUUUAGUAGAGGAGCAAGCUUUGCCAGACACAGUUAACGGCUCAACCACUGUCGUUCCUCCUUUGCGGAUGCCUGCCACAUAUUCUUCUAAAGAGGAAGAAGCCUGGCUAGAAUUAGUGGGUAAACCAAAUGCAAAGUCCUAUUCUUCACUGUCAGGAAGCGCUCGAGCGUGUUGCAGGGCAAAUGCACCAAUUUGUCAUGAGUGCGGCAUACGUACUACAGCUUUCCAGCAGUGGAAACAGCUACCGAGAGCAUCGCAACCCUCUGGGGAGCUUGACAUGAUAGAUCUUGUAAUUGAUUUCUACGGAAACACCCCCCUUCAUUGGGCAGCUCACUACAGUGCGAGCUCACUAGUGCUGUCGUCGUACGAGUCUUCAUGGUCAAUAAGGAAAGCUAGCCCUGUGCACUCCACGCCAUUUUUGGGCCCACAAGAUUUGGCGGAAAGAUAUAACACUCUUGGAGAGACUGUAUUGCACUGUCUCAAAAUCACUUCAACCGCCGAAAUUAUCCAGUAUAGCGACAUAAUACGCUUGAUAGCAGAUGGAAGAAGUGUAAGGAAGAGCCAUAAGCAUAGGGUCAAGCAGCGGGACUGUCAUAAAGUACAAAGAAAGCGGAAGCAUGAUUUCAAUCGACGAGACUGCCAUGGACGAACGAUAAUACAUCGAUUUCUCCUUCAGCUUUCAGAGGAUCUCCUACACGAAGUAUUGCCUGAAAAGGGUUUGACCAAUCUAUUGGAUAUGACUUCAAUACCUCUCGAUGCGACUGACAAUCAAGGAGAAACCCUCUUUGACAUAUUGGUAGCGCGAGAAGUGCCACUAGAGUUUUAUUCUGGACUUGAUUUUCGGGCAACAUUGGACACUACACUCGCAAAAGUGUUCGGCGGUUUUACUGAUACACGACCCGUAGUCUACUCAGCGCUGAGCUUCAUCGAACCACAAUUCUCUCUCCUCAUUAUUCCCGAGUUUUGUGCUAAAAUGUUGGACAUCAAUUGGAUUGAUCUAAAUGGCGAUACUAUCUUACAUGCUGUAAUCAAGUACGAUAUCACUAAGGAUCCACAACGUGUGGAAGUAUUGCUACAUCAGGGUGCAGAUCUCGGCAUCAAGGACCGCAAAGGAAACACAGCUCUGUCCAUUGCUGUAAACUUGGGUUCCCUGGGUAUCACACGGCUGUUAUUGAAAUCUGGAGCCAAUGUUCACAGUCGGAAUUAUGGUGGGACUGGAAUUUUAAUGCAGGCAGCAGAACACAUGCGUUCAACGAAGCAGGACAAGAAUCACCAGUUGGGAAAUGAGAUUCUGAGUUGCACAAACCUACUUAUUGAUCAUGGCGCAAUUCCCAACCCUGCAGACAUGGAUGAGUGGAUGACAGCGGAGGGUCGAACAGCGCUCUCUGCUAGUCUUUAA